GUUCAUUUAUUCACACGUCGCAUUGUUUCUGAGACCAUGUAUCCAAGGCGUUCGUGCCCACUGACGUAGCCGCUGGCGCUGUGAGCCGCCGCUCGACGCAAUCUAUCCCGGAGGCAGAAUAUCACCCUCUUCCGCAUUGCUGGCCAGCCGGAGUGAGGCUGAUCACAUGGGUCAUUAACCUGCAGCCACUAUAGUCGCAUUAGCCGGAGUGCGGGCCACGCAGCUCUUGAGUAGCUGCUCCGGGUUGUCGGCACAUUUUAGCCGGACUUGGCAGCCGCCUGCUGUUGCCCGCGCUAUAUCUCGUGCAGAAUACCCCAGAAACAAGGGAGAAAAAGUUGGAGAGCAGUUCCUCCGAAGCAAGAGAAGAAACCUUGGCGCCAGUUCGUCAUUCUUCUUUCUCGGGGCAGGAUGAUGCUCUCCACCGGCGUCGUCCUCGGCUUUUUCUCCCUAGGGGCUUGGGGCAAUUCGGGAAUAUGGGGUCGCCAAUACUUCCCCGACCCCAGCGGCGAGCUCGCGUCGGCCGAGGUCUGCAUUGAGGCGUCCCUCACCAGUCCAAAAUGGGGUAUCUACAAUCCGGCGCUCGUCACGGUGAACGGGUCCAGCGGCGGCUCCAUGGGCGACAUCCGCUUCCUGACCGAGAACACGGCCACGCGCGUCGUGGCCAACUGCACGGCCGAGAACAUCGACCUCGACCCGAAAGGGCCUGACGCUCUGACGCUCUGGCACAACUGCAGCAUCCCGAACCUGUUCUUCCAGUUCAACCUGACCACGCUGGACCUGCGCCUCCAGGGGACGUGGCAGUGUGGCAACUCGUCCAAGCUUCUCUUUGCCGGAAACGGGACGUGGGAGACACCGCUGAUCCAGGGGUGCCUGGACGACUGGCAGGCGCCGCGGGGCGAAGAAACGCUGUGCAUCAUGGGCAACUCCCAGGUAUCAGCGGGCCUGUCGAGCCCCGUCAGCAUCCAGCCGCAGCUGCCCAUCUUGCCGUACACGCCGGCCGACCUUCCGUACCGAUGCGUCGACCGGUCCGCGGAACCCGAGUGGGAGAUUGAGAAGCUUGUUUACCAGCACCACUCGACCCAGACGGCGGCCAACGCGACCAAGACGUGGUACGACCUGACGCUCAACCUGACCAACAUCUCCAACGACGAGGGCCUUUACUGCCACCUCGCGGCCGACGAGUCGGCAGAGGACACCGCGGCGGGGAUCACGCCGUGGGUCAAGUGCACGGCGUCCAACGCCACAUCGGCUCCCGUCAACAUCUCGUCGACCGAGAUCCUGCUCGACCGGGUCUACGGCCUCGUAGGGGUCCGCCAGACGUGGAACUGCUCCGACGGGAUAGAGGAGCUCGAAGCAGACCAGUACACGGGCACCGGCUACCUGACAGCCGACCUGCAGUGCGGCAGCGCGGUCAACCAAACGACGACCAGCCCAGCCGGGCCAACAACCACCUCGACCUUCAACUGCACGCUGCCGACCUCGCCUUCCCGGUUCUCGGGAUACUCGCCCGACGCGCCGGCGAUGCCGCACACGCCGUACACGCGCAGCUGCACCAUCGGGUCCAUCGUCAACUCGACGUCGCUCGCGCUGCGCGAGCUCCAGAUCGACGACUACACUCCAGACAAGAACAGCACCGCCUCCUUCGCCCUGUACAACCCCGGCCCGGGCGACACGUACCGGCUGCGCGGCGUGCCGCUGCACGACGACGGUGGCUGGCACGACUGCGCUGCCGCCGCCGCCGCCGCCGGCGCGUCGCAGCGGUUGCCGUGGCAACUGGCCGCGUGCCGCUACCUCGUCGACCGCAAGGCCCAUCGCGUCGGCUUCCAGGUGCAGUGGCUGUGCGACGACCGCGACCCUGGGCAUGCGGUCCUGUUCAACGCUACCACGGUGCUGCAGCAAGUGCCCGCCGAAGUCUGUGAGGCGGCGGCGGCGGCUUCGGGAGACAGCCACCGGCAGUCGUGCCGCGUGCCCCUGAACUCGAAAGAUCUUGCGCUGCCGUUGGCGAUGCCUCUGUCUUGGUCGACGACGGCAGGGCCCAUGACGCGUGGGCCGACGCUGCCGUGGAUUUGACCGCCGCUUGAGAAGAGUGUGGGAGAUGCGAGCAUGUAGACACCCAUCUACGUACAUAUAUACACAAAACAUAUAUACACAAGCAGAGAGGCCCGGCCCCCCGGGGUGACUGGACUGAUUGAGUUCCGUUAAAACGGCGCCCGCCGGCCCGAAUUGUACGAAAGCCGUUUUACGUGUUCGCACUAGGUGCGUUGCGUGCGGUCGAACUUGAAGCUGGGUGUAAGCAAGACUGGAGGGGAGAGCACCAAUAAUCAAGACACGGUUACUUUGCGUCCGCAUUUG